AUGGCAUUGGAGGCUAUGUUUGCUUCGCAGUCACGAGCAAGACUUAUGCAACUUAGGCUACAGUUACAAACCACGAAGAAAAGCACAUUAUCCAUGGUUGAAUAUUUGCAAAAGAUAAAAACUUUUGUUAAUAAUUUGGCGGCCACUGCACAACCUGUAUCGGAUGACGAUCUCAUCUUGUAUGUUUGUGGGGGUCUAGGACCAAAAUAUGAUGCUUCAGUGGUGUUUGUUACGGCAAGGGUUGAUCCUAUUUCACUUGCUGAUCUUCAAGGAUUAUUGUUAAGCCACGAAUAUCGGCUUGAGCAGGCUACUGUUGUUGAACAAGGUUUAGGCCAGGCUAAUCUCAUGGUCAAAAACUCCAACAAGAACGAUACAUUUUUCAAAAGAAAUCAAGCGUCAAAUCAAUCUUAUGGUGGCAAAUACAGUUGUGGCAGAGGUCGAGGUCCCCGAAAUAACAAUCCAAAUCACUCACAACCUUCUUCUAAUGUUUCUUAA